AUGAUGACCAAAGGCAAUCACUACCUUGAGCUGCUGGAAAUUGCACGCUGUGAGGGUAACUGGGACGCUGUGCCCGAACUGGUCCGCAAGGUUCGAAAGCAUGCUUCCUCGAGAUCAUGCCUCGCCCUUGCCGCCGAGACUGAAUGCGCCAUCUCAAACGCGACAACCCACGGCCCCCGUCCCUCGGCCGCCGCGACGGCGCGCGAUCUCGAUGUCGCCAACCGGCUACCGACGCUUCAGAGUGCAAUAUCCGAGGAAAACGCGAACUCGGAGGACAGAUUCCAGGCCCACGUCUGCGUGGGUUGGCUGCACUGGGUCGUCGGAGACUACAGCCUUGCCAUCAGACAGUUGCCCAAGAUGGAGGACCCAAGUACCAAUCUAGAUCCGGCCAAUUUGGUCUCCGAGUGGACCCAUGUUUGCGCCCUCAAGUCGGCCUACUUGCGGGCAAACUGCCUGAUGCGCGACGGGCAAAGAAUCGACGCACUCGCGGCUCUCAGGUCCGCCGCUCCGGUCCUGAAUCGCGUCGAGUCUGGCAAACCAAUCAAGAAACAGCUGAGAUACUGGUCCGAGCUCUUUCUCACGGAAUAUUGCAUGCUUUCGAGCGAGGCUGUCAAACAAGGCGACGUGUCUCGGCAGGACGCCUCCGUCCUUGCGCCGUAUCGCUCCUGGGCGACGUACUGGGAGGUGAUGCAGGCCCCUGUUACGGGGGGUUUUGGCUUCAAGGGUUCGGUCCCGCGGAGACAGGUUUGGAAUGAAUAUUACAUGGUUCUGUCGCAUAUCUUACAAAACGACAUCCCUUACGAAGCCGGAUUGGUCAAGAGAAUGCCUGGCGAUUCGCCGUCACGAACCCAGCUUCGCACCGAGAUCAAGUAUGCCGAGGCUGCAUAUCGAUCGCUUCUCCUUGCCGAAACAUCCUUUCCACGGGCCGACGAGGACAGAGAGGAGGUGGAAGAGUUUGUGCAGCAGGUGAUGAAAAACUGGUCCAUCUUGUGCGGCCGCGGCUGGCGCGAGGAAGACCUAGGCCAAGGGGGACGGAGCGCCACAAGUCGCGGCGUACUCGAAACCCUUUACAGCGCCGCGACUAGAACCUACCACUCAACUGCAAUUCUCAGGUCCCUCUUCUGCGUCCACCUUUCUCUGGCCGAGUUUGACCUCGCAUUCAAGGCCUUUGACUCUUACCUGGAUAUUGUAAAAAGGGGGAAAGCAAGAGUAGACAAGACCGGCGAGGCCGAACCCAGCUUGGACAGCGAUAGCACAGUUCUGGAGACUAUGGCUCACGCCAUCAUGGCCCUCUGCCGCUACGGGCGCCGGCAAGCAGGCGAGAAGGCGCGUCAACUGGGGGCCGAGUUGGAAGACUGGCUGUCUAGACUGCCGCCGAUCAAGGGUCCUGAGAACGGAACCCCCUCGAUAGCGGAAGAUGUGGCAAAGAGCGACCCGCACCCGCCCGUCGCUCCGAACACUGUUGCACUGGCCUGGCAGGCCAUUGGCCACUCGCACGCACACUGGUCGAGACUUACGAAUGAAGCCGGGUCGAGGAUAGAGAUACAGGCCAAGGCAAUCCGAUGCCUCAGGAAGUCAAUAGCCCCCGAAUUUGGCCGCUGCAAGGACAUUAGGACCUUUUUCACGCUCGCUCUGCUCUUGGCCGAGCGGAGAGAACUCACAGCUGCCAUUGAGCUCACAAGAUCAGCCUUGAUGGCCAACAAAGACCAGGAACGAGGCAAAGUCCUCCUCAACGGCCCAUACUGGCAGGAAAGGACGCUCAUCCCACUAUGGCACCUCUUGGCCCUCCUACUGAGCGCCAGGCAAGACUAUGCCAUGGCCUUUCGGGCUUGCGAGGGCGCGCUCGAGCAGUUCAAGGAUCCGACGGUUUUAUUUGGCAAGACAGAUGCCAGCUUCCGCAGCGAACACCUCGAAGUCGCCGGUGCACCGCCCGCGGCCGAGUCCCGCCGCGGCCUGGUCGACAGCUUGGACGACUCGGAAAAGGAGAGCAUCUUGGAAAUCAAGAUGACUCAACUUGCCUUGAUUGAGCUUACUGAAGGCCCGGAAAUGGCCGUCAACGCAAGCUUCGAGUUGCUGACCAUGUUCACGCGACUGUUUGGCAACAUCACGGCGCAGGCGAUGCCGUCCGGGCCGACGCCCGCACAGCCGCCCAAAACCUCGGGGACCUUCCGUGGCAUCAGAGGGAGCAUCUUUGGGGCUAAAACGGAUAAAUCGGUGGCGUCGUCGAGGGGGCCGGGCACAUCAAUCAUCAGCGAAAAAUCGGCUGCGAUGGCAUCGAGGCCCUCGACUGCGCAUAGCGUCGCCACCGCGAAGCCUUCCAUACACGCCACCGUUGUGGAUGGCGACGUGUUUUUCACGCCUGCACAGGAACCCGACCAGGUUGAUCUCUUUCCUUUUUCCAACAAGCCGUCUCGGUUCCCCAAGGAGCAGGAGAGGGCGCAGCGUAUGGCCAUUCUGGUCAGGAUCUGGCUCACCGUGGCCGGAUUCUACCGUCGGGCGGACAUGUUGGAAGACAGCAAGGGGGCCAUUGCGGAGGCGCAGAAGCUGGUCCAGGACCUCGAGUCCCAAGACCAAUCGGGAGCGAGCGGGCCCAAGUCGACUGGCUGGGCGGAGAAGAAGAGCGUCGACGACUUGUGGGGUGACGUAUGGAGCGAGCUCGGGCUCUUGGCUCUGGCCCAGAGCCAGCCUCUCGUUGCCCGCUCAGACCUCGAACAGGCCUUGACGUAUUGCCCGGACCACCCGGCCGCCACCGUCUGCCUGUGCAGCAUCCUCCUCGACAUUUCGAGCGAGAAGCUCCUCCCCGCGCCCGUCGUGCCGCCUUUGGACCACACCGAGCAACCACCACCACAAUCACAACAACACCUAUCCGGCCAGCCCCAGGCCGCGCCAUCAGCAGACGGCCCUCCGGGGAGGCUCCCGUCCGGCCCCCUGGGCCUCUGCCCGCGCAAUGCCGAGGCCAUGCCUGCCAUCGGCGUCGCGGUCGACGGCGGCAGUCAGCUCACGUCGCACCCCAUCGGCGACGACUCCCUCCCCGCCGCGUACAAGGCCACGCGGCUGCCGCUCGUCGACCGCCUCGCCGCCCGCGACCGAGCCUUUGCCCUGCUGACGGGCCUCACGCGCCUCGGCACGGGCUGGGACUACUCGGACGCCUGGUUCGCGCUGGCCCGCGCCUACGAGGAGAGCGGGCAGCCCGACAAGGCCAAGGAGGUGCUGUGGUGGUGCGUCGAGCUCGAGGAGGCCAUGGGUGUGCGCGAAUGGCGCUGCCUCGGCGGUGGCGGCUAUCUCAUUUAG